AUGCCCUCCAACGUGUCGAUUUCGGGCCCAUCAAGCGCAUAUACUCCACCCGAACUUUCGAAACUGACGGUGCCUCAGCUGAAGGCUCUCUGCAAAGAAAGGAAGAUAUCUGGCUACUCGAAACUCGGAAAGCAACCCCUUCUGCAGAAGUUGACUGCAUCUGGAUAUUACUCUGGAAAUGCCGGCGAGCUGAGCACCUCUGGGUCAAAACAUACCGUGGCGACAACCCUCGUUCCAACAGCCUCGGAUCGCCCAUCCUCCUCUAGAGGCUCCCAAAGACCGGAGAGCGCGCUACAGACAGUACCCGAUACUCUCUAUCAGCGCUCUGCAUUCUCCGACAGUAUCGCGCCCGAAACUAUACCUAAUCAUAACAUACCCAUAACGCGGCCUCCCUCUGUCGCUGCUAAUACCUCAUUACUCGCAAUCACGACACCUUCAUCCCAAACGAAGAGAGCUGAAAACGCAGGGACUCGCCAGCGUCAUCAAAUUCAAACCACCGACGGAGACUCUCUGCCCUUGGAUUCGCCAACUGGGUCACCCAUUGAUCAUAGCAUGCCUCCGCCACCGCCCAAAAGAGCCCGGGUACUGCCACUUGCGUCUUCUCUCCUCUCCAAAACUACUAGUGCCCCUUCGUCAGUUUUUGCUCCUUCCAAGAGGUUCAAGCCACUCGUUAUCACCAGGCGUCUGCCGUCGAAUACUACUACACCCACUUGUGCCCAGGCUGUUCCGCAAGCCGAAAAUUAUGUUCUUGGACAUGAUGCCCUAAACAAACCCCUGGAAGCUUCCCUGCUGGAGCUCGAGAGCAAUGCUAUCACUAUGCCACAAUUGUCGGCCAUCGCCAUGCCUCCGACCCUCUCCCAGAGGAAGCGCGUCCAGCGAUGGGCUGUGAUUCUCAGCGGACUAUCUGACCAGGAACGGGCUGUAUGCGUCCUAGUCUCGCGCGCCUUCCGAUAUGCAGUAUACCUCUCCGCUGCUUGCCUCCUUGCCAGGGACUACACUGGCCGUCGGCUGCGAGAGGAUGUCUUGAAGAAGUACCCCCCAGCGAUGACCAACAUGUGGCCGUAUCUUCGUGUGCGCGAGACAGAAGUCGCCAGGAGGCGCAGCAUAUUCGAGUCUUCGUUCCUUUGGAGACUCAUUCGGAAGCUGGGCCUCUCGGAUCCCAUCGCAGCCCAUAUUUGGGCCAGUCCCGAUCACCCAAAACAACUUUCGAUUGCGCGUGGCAGGUUCGUACUGACAAGAGCGUGGUUUGAGCUCUCAAUUGGGUUACCCCACGACAGCAGAACCAACCCAAACUCGUGGCUACACGGCACAAUUGUCGAUGUGCGGGAAGUCGUCCCGUCAGAAGUCUGGUCUGUCACCAUCCACUACUCAACAUGUCUCACUCCACCGCGCGAGCGAGAAGUUCUAUAUAUCCUCGAGGCUACGUGCGAAGUUAUAGGUCGACCGUCGAAUGGAUGCAUACUUUCUCUUGGCGAGAGCGCAGCGGCAGGUCUCCCCCUCCGCGCCGAUUGGUCGACGUAUAUUGCUCACCGCGUCGCUCCCUGUUCUAUUGCAAAGCCACUCGUCUCACACAUGAAGUGGGCAUGUCAAGAGGAUUACGAUCAAGGAAUUAGCACGCUUUGGCUGAAGAGGGUUUCUGUGGAAGGUCAAUUGGGCAUAACGAAACGCACGAUCGCUGAUCGCUACGUGAUGGCGUGCGUAGUCGGGAACAGCAUAAGUGGGCAUUGGAUGACUACGAACGAGAUGGCGCAAGAAUUCGCUGGCCUCCCAGCUCGUGUCGCUCCUCAAUAUGGAAAGCAAAAGAACACAACACUGAAUUUGUUCCUUCCCGAACACCAUCACGUGGAGAGCGUGCACUUGGCUGGCCCCGGCGGGAAAAACUUACAUCCUGCCCUUGCGGUUAUUCAAACACCUCAUCGAGAAUACUUCGUCUUACGCGACAACGGUAUGCAGGUCGGGUGCGAGGAGGAUGGCGUUGCGGAUAUCUGGCAGGAGUUGCUCCGGUGUGACUGCAGAGGCAACCCGGUAUAG